UUUGUAACCAAGCUAGGGAUUUCUGUAUUUAUGUAGUUGGUGCUCUGCAGUGCUCGGAAGUUGGUGUUCAUGUACGGUAGUGCGUGUGGCGUUAUAGCACGAGAGCAUCGUCCAUUUAUACGUUUUUCUUUGUACGUGCGUUUCUCUCCAAAUCAAGAUGAAGAUUGGUCUUUGCGCCUAUAGCGGAUAUAAAAUAUAUCCGGGUCAUGGCAAGACUAUGGUCAAAGUUGAUGGAAAGACUUUCACUUUCCUUAAUUCAAAAUGCGAAUCAGCACAUUUGAUGAAACGCAACCCCAGAAAAGUGACUUGGACCGUUCUCUAUAGACGAAAGCACAAAAAGGGUCAGGAAGAAGAACAGACUAAGAAGAGGACAAGGCGCACUCAAAAGUUCCAACGUGCUAUUGUAGGUGCGUCUCUCACGGACAUUUUGGCGAAACGUAAUAUGAAGCCUGAAAUCCGUAAAGCUCAAAGAGAUCAGGCGAUUAAAGCUGCAAAAGAACAGAAAAAGGCAGCAAAAGCCACCAAAAAAGCUGUUUCUCCACCAAAAACGAAACAGCUGCCAAAACAAAAGGCAGCCAAGGUGACGCAGAAAUCUGCACCUCGUGUUGGUGGCAAACGAUAAAUUAUACAACUUCAUCAAAGCGGUGUCUCGCCACGCUCGUCGUUCCUGUAGCUGGUCAAGUGGACACAUUUCGUUCAAUUCGUUGCUGAUUUUCUCCGCCAUUUCACCGACGAACUUUGGAACCGGCCCGAAAGUCAUGCUCACGUCGUAAAUCGAUUUGUUAUACGUCUCACAAUAUUUCUUCAUCCCUAUAAAACGAUACAAUAUAGCUUGAAUCGCA